AAGUCUAAAAUUCACGAGUAAAUAUGUAAUAUUAUAAUUUCAUAGGACAAUUUAGUGAUUUAGUAUUUCUUUAAUCAGAAAACUCCGACCCCUUCACAUCUUCCUAUUUCCGACCAUACGUUAGCUGCUCAUUACUGCUGCAUCCUGCAUGUAUCUGCGAUUCAAUGGGUGACGACAACAUUGAAGAUCAUAGUUACCGGUCGACGUCGCUUCGCCGCUACCAUCCUAACAACGCCGUUUUCAUUCAACCGGAACUCCAAGCCACCACCAAGAGGCACAAACUUGAUUCUUCCAUCAGAGACGAUUUGUCUUCCCGGCGUCCAUCCCCAAUCCUUCCCAACGACCUAAUUGUCGAGAUCCUCCUCAAGCUUCCUGUGAAAUCCAUCCUGCAAUUAAGGUGCGUAUGUAAAUCAUGGAAAACCCUAAUUUCCGAUCCCCAAUUCGUAAACAACCACCUUCGAAUCUCAACCGCAGAUCCAACCUUGACCCACCAAUACUUGGUCUCUUCUAUCAUCACCCAACACUGCAAAAUCGUAUCUUGCCCUGUUAAACCACUGUUCGAAAACCCGUCGACUCCCGUUAAACCCGUUAGUGUCAAAAUGAGUCGUAAAUACCAUAUUCUAGGUUCAUGCAAUGGGUUGCUUUGUUUGUAUGAUAUGUAUUUAGGUUGUGUUAGAUUGUGGAACCCUUCAACCAGAUUGAGAUCCAAAAGAUCUCCAACUGUUGUUGGAACUAAUGCAAUUUUCAAAUAUCAUGGCUUUGGUUAUGAUCAUGUUAAUGACAAGUAUAAGAUGCUAGCAGUUGUUGUGGAUGAUUUAAAUGUAAAUGUAGAUUUAAAUGAAUCUGUGACUAAACUUUAUACCUUUGGUGACAAAUUUUGGACAACAAUUAAGAAUUUCCCCUGUAAUCCCACUAGUUGGUUUGGGAAAUUUGUGAAUGGCACAUUGAAUUGGUUUGCUAAGGAAGGUGUUAGUUAUAAUCAAUGGGUCAUUCUUUCAUUCGAUCUGGUUAAGGAGACUUAUGGGAAAUUGUUGCUACCUAAACAAGAUGAGGGUGGCAACAUUUGCAAUUCUGUUCUUGAUGUCUUGAGUAAUUGCCUUUGUGUUUGUUUUGACACUAACAAAACUCAUUGGGUUCUGUGGUUGAUGAAAGACUAUGGUGAUGCUGAGUCGUGGACUAAAUUGUUGAUCAUCCCUCAUGCGAAGAUCUGGAAUUGUAGGUGGGUGCCUUUGUUUAAACCCUUGUGCAUUUCGAAUAAUGGUGUUGUUCUGGUGAAACCUUUGUACAAUUUAGUUCUGUUUGAUGCAAAUAAUGGUAGGUUGCGUUAUCGUCAAGUUUGUAGCAAACUUGGGUUGGAUAUACAUGUUUAUCAUGAGAGUUUGGUAUCGCCACUAUUAUGGUAAAUCACAUUUGUGGAGUCUUCCAUAUUUUGCUUACAUGACUUCUGAUCAUAGUUGGUCUCUGUCUUUUCCUUCCGAACUUUUGGGAUCAACUCUAGUAACAUAGAAUAUAUUGUAUGAGUUGUUUCGGUGAAGCCUCACCCUUGCCAUCUCAUGUAUUGUUAUUUAUCAGGAUUAUUGAUAGUUCAAUUGAAGUCACUGAGUUGUAUGAAUUCAACUAAUGUUUGUAGUGAUCUUCUUUCUAUUCUAGUGAGAAAGUAUGUGUAUUUUUUUGUUGUAAAA